AUGGAUGUAAAAAGUGCUUUCUUAAAUGGUAAAUUGGAAGAAGAGAUCUUUAUGGAUCAACCGGAAGGCCAUGUUGUUGAAGGUAAGGAGUGCAAGGCUCCCAAGCAGUGGCAUGAAAAGUUUGACAAAGUGCUACUUUCUAAUGGGUUUCUGAUCAAUGAUGCAGAUAAGUGUUUAUAUUGUAAAUCUACUGAACAUUACAUUGAGAAGAUUUUGAGGAAAUUUGGAUACUAUGAUUGUAAGCCUCUUUCUACACCUUAUGAUGCAAAUACCCAAUUGAAGAAAAACAAAGGUGAAAGUGUAUCGCAGUCUGAAUAUGCUCAAAUCAUUGGUAGUUUGAUGUGCUUGAUGAACUGUACCCGACCUGAUAUUGCUUACGUAGUUGGGAGGUUGAGCCGAUACACUCAAAGUCCAAAUAAGGAACAUUGGACUGCCAUAUCAAGAGUAUUGAAAUAUUUGAGAGGCACAAUGAACUUUGGAUUGAAAUAUAGUGGAUUUCUCGCCGUACUUGAAGGAUAUAGUGAUGCUAAUUGGAUAUCUGAUUCAGAUGAGAUGAAAUCCACAAGUGGGUAUGUGUUUACAAUUGGUGGAGGUGUAGUGUCUUGUAAAUCUUCUAAACAAAUGUGCAUAGCUCGAUCUACUAUGGAAUCAGAGUUCAUCGCCUUAGAAAAUGCAGGUACAGAGGCUGAGUGGCUUAGAAACCUCUUAGUAGAUAUCCCUUUAUGGAAGAGACCAGCUCCAUUUUGUGUCUAUGCAUUGCAUAUACACCUAAAACAUAACAUUGUGAGGCAGCUGCUUGAGACAGGGGUGAUAUCCAUAGAAUUUGUUAGGUCAGACAUGAACUUGGCUGAUUCUCUAACAAAAUCACUAUGGCAAAAGCUAGUGAGUAAUACAUCGAGGGGGAUGGGACUUAUGUCUAUAUCAACAGUCAACAGUGAUGGUAACCUAACCUAUGUGAAGGGAGAUCCCAACAAGUUACUGGGGAAAGCUUUUGCUUAUAUAAUCACUUCGAUUUGCUGA